GCACCGCCCUGGUGGCUCUGGGAGCUGGGGCCUUGCUCCGAGCCGGUCCUGGACAGCUCCGAGCUUUCUCCCUGCACACGGAGCACGAGCAGAGGAGGUCGCACACGGUGCUGCAAGCCAACAUGAAGGUGGAGCUGCUGCCAGCCCUCACAGACAACUACAUGUACCUGCUGAUCGAUGAGGAGACCAGGGAGGCUGCCGUCGUUGACCCUGUGCAGCCCCAGAAGGUUCUGGAUGCAGUCAAAAAGCAUGGUGUGAAGCUGACCACUGUCCUGACUACUCAUCAUCACUGGGACCAUGCUGGAGGGAACGAGAAGCUUGUGAAGCUGGAGGCAGGGCUGCGAGUGUAUGGAGGGGACAGCAGAGUUGGGGCUCUGACACAGAAAGUGUCCCACCUCACCUCACUCAAGGUGGGAUCUCUUAAUGUGAAAUGCCUCAGCACACCAUGUCACACAUCUGGACACAUCUGUUACUAUGUGACUAAGCCAAACAGCUCUGAGCCACCUGCAGUCUUCACAGGUGACACCCUGUUUGUGGCUGGCUGUGGGAAGUUCUUCGAGGGCACCCCAGAGGAGAUGUACAGAGCACUGAUUGAGAUCCUGGGCAGCUUGGACCCCCAGACGAGGGUUUACUGUGGCCAUGAGUACACCAUCAACAACCUCAAGUUUGCUCGGCACGUGGAACCCAAGAAUGCUGCUGUUCAGGAGAAGCUUGCUUGGGCCAAGGCCAAGUAUGACAGUGGGGAGCCAACCAUUCCCUCCACCAUUGCAGAAGAGUUUACCUACAACCCCUUCAUGCGAGUGAGGGAGAAGACAGUUCAGGAGCACGCAGGGGAGACCGACCCCAUCUGGACCAUGGGGGCCAUCCGCAGGGAGAAGGACAACUUCCGAGUGCCCAAGGACUGAGCACUCUGCCUGGGUCACUCUCCUGUUCCUGACUGAUUCUAUGAUUCUGUGAUUCAGCUCUCCCUUAGACUCUUCAGAUGUCUUAGCAGUCGAACCUUCUGUCGUGGUUGAGACAGUUCAGUCCUCUUUAGGUUUUGAUUUUAAUGCAGGAUGAAACCCAAAGCACUUUGCCCUUGUUGAACUCUCACCCAGCAUAUUUGUGUUCUGAUGAAGAGUAUUUGUCCUCCUGCUGCUGGCUCCGCAGCUGUCACAUGCAGCUUCUCUCACAGGUGUUGGGACAUGGCUCAGGGUCUGGGGUGGGGAAGGGUCUAGGGAAGAGCUCCUCCUGUUUUAGUGGGAGCCAGAUGUGAAAGCAGGUGGUGGGGCUGGGCCUGAUGUGUUCCUGUUAAACAGAGACCAAACUCAGCAACUGCAUCUCCAGCUGAAGCUUUCACUGCUCCAUGCUGCUGCCUGAGUCUGUCCCACUCACAGCAGUUCUCAGUGACAGAGCCACGCUGCCACCACCAGCUCAGGGCUGGCUUUGUGCAAUAUGCAGAGUGGUCUGGCUCUGGGAACAGCACGAGAGCUGCUCAGCUUUUCUCUUCUCUCCAGCUUGUGGGCUGCAGUGACUCCUCCAGGCAGCACUGCUGGCUUGGAGACCACACUGCUGCUUACCCCUCCUGCUCUUCACUGCCUUCACUGCAGCCUGCCUGCUUGGACCUGCUCCUUGCUCCUCAGGGUCACCUCUGUGUUACCGGGAUCAGUGUUGCCCAAAUGGAGAAGACCUUUCUCUGCUGCUUCAGAACCCCAAGAAGAGCUUCCCUUCUGCCUCACUGCAUGAGAUCCCCUAGCAGAUGCCUCACUGCCCAUGGCCAGAGCAGCUGCUUUGUACCUGUUGUAAUGUGGCAAAGGAGCAUUUCUUAGCUGCCCUGGUGAGCACUGGCAGGAGCUGUGCUGGGUCUGGGAGCCUCACCUCAUGGGCCUAAACUACAGCAGACACUGGGGUUCAUCACCCACCCUGCAGCCUGCUCCAGGGAAGGCACAGAGGUGACAUUACCUAUAGCACAGAGUACCUAAGGUUGGACUUGAUCUUAAAGGUCUCUUUGAACCAAGCUGAUUGUAUGGUGAGGGUGCUCACAUACUAACAGGCAGAGCAGGGCUCAGGUUAUUGCAUUGGAGAGUAGGAACAAUUUAUUUGCUGCAGGAGUGGUCAAGCACUGGAACAGGCUGCCCAGGGCGGUGGUAGAGUCCCUGGAGGUGUUGAAAUGUGUGCACAUGGCACUUUGGGCCAUGGCUUGAUGCCAUGGGGUUGAUGCUUGGACUCAGUGAUCUUGGAGGUCUUUUCCAAGUGAAACAGUUUCUGGUUCUCUCUUGGUAAGUAGCACCACGACGGAGCCUGUCUGCACCCGAGUGCCGCUGCUGUGGCUUUGUUCUGCUGUUCCAACCCCUGUGCUGCAUGGCAGUGUGGUGAGCAGGGCUUGGGUUGGCACCAGGCCUUAAUUUGCUUGAAAAAAGUAAACUUCAUGUAGCUUGGGAAGGAAAGUGGUACCUGAAACCUUCCUGCCUCCUCUGCUUCAGUGCUGUGCUGCUUCAAGGGCGCUUGGCUCUCUGACAAGGGAGCAAAGAAGUGACACCUGCAGAGCCAGUGGGGGAUGGGGGGAAGAGCAGGGGGCUUUGUCUUACAAGAUUCUUUCUCUCCUUAAAGAUGUCUUUAUCUCCUCAGUUGCUUUGUGUGUUUAUUUAUUACUAGUGAUUGAAGGCAACCAAGUGGAAGAGGCUGCCUGAUCCUGGGAAGGAGUGGGUGACAUUUGGGGUUCCUCUGGGGCUUUGUUCAAGUUCUCUUUUCUUUUUGAAGAGGAGCAGUGACUGUCCAGUGCUUGUCUCCUCCUUGCAAGUGCUGUUUGGCCUUCACAAGUGGUGUUUAGGGGACCAUGGGCAACCCUGAAAUGAAGCUGGGAAGGGAGCUGUGGCAUGGCCCUGCUCAUGCCCUGUACCUUUGGUGCUCUUAGGGCUUGCAUGGUUUGGGAGCUGUCCCUGGGAGCUGUUCCCUCCCUCCCAGCAUCUCCCUUCUAUGUCCAGGACUUGUCUGUGCCAUCUUGUGUCACCAAACUGAGUGUCACUUCAGGAGUGAGACCCCCCUGCAGUGCUGAAGCAGUUCUGGAAUCCUUAGCUCAGACAGGGACCUGUUUGAAGCAGGGCCAGAGGAGGCUACAGCAAUGGUGGUGGGCUGGAAGCCCUCUGCUGUGAGCCCAGGUUGAGAGAGUUGGGGUUGUGCAGCCUGGAGAAAAGGCCCCAGGGAGACCUUCUGAUGGCCUUUCAGUGCUUAAGGGACCAAGAAGAAAGCUGGGGACAGGCUUUUGAGCAGCGCCUGUGGUGACAGGACAAGGGGGAAUGGUUUAAAGUAAAAGGGAGAUUCAGACUGGAGAGAAGGAAGAGAUGUUUGAUACUGAAAGGUGGUGAGAGUCUGUCCCGGAUUGCCCGGGGAAGUGGGAGCUGCCCCAUCCCUGGAACCA